AUGGCCGGGCAUACUUCCACUGAAAUAAAGGAGGCAGCUUCGAAAUUCGUAUCAUUCCUGAAUAGAGCAGUUACUCCAUUUCACGCUGUGGAUAUUCUGUCUGUUCGUUUAAAAGCGGAGGGUUUUGUGCAACUGAAAGAAAAUGAACACUGGAACAUCGAGUGCAACGGGAAGUACUUCGUCACUAGGAAUGACAGCGCUCUUUUCGCAUUUGCUGUUGGCGGCAAGUACGUACCCGGACAUGGAUUUACGAUGACAGCAGCUCAUACAGAUAGUCCAUCGCUGCGUGUUAAACCGAUCUCAAAGAUUUCAAACGAGAACUGCGCACAAGUCUAA